UACAACUAUACUACAAUGCCUUCUAUUAAGUUGAACUCUGGUUACGACAUGCCAGCCGUCGGUUUCGGCUGUUGGAAAGUCGACGUCGACACCUGUUCUGAACAGAUCUACCGUGCUAUCAAGACCGGUUACAGAUUGUUCGACGGUGCCGAAGAUUACGCCAACGAAAAGUUAGUUGGUGCCGGUGUCAAGAAGGCCAUUGACGAAGGUAUCGUCAAGCGUGAAGACUUGUUCCUUACCUCCAAGUUGUGGAACAACUACCACCACCCAGACAACGUCGAAAAGGCCUUGAACAGAACCCUUUCUGACUUGCAAGUUGACUACGUUGACUUGUUCUUGAUCCACUUCCCAGUCACCUUCAAGUUCGUUCCAUUAGAAGAAAAGUACCCACCAGGAUUCUACUGUGGUAAGGGUGACAACUUCGACUACGAAGAUGUUCCAAUUUUAGAGACCUGGAAGGCUCUUGAAAAGUUGGUCAAGGCCGGUAAGAUCAGAUCUAUCGGUGUUUCUAACUUCCCAGGUGCUUUGCUCUUGGACUUGUUGAGAGGUGCUACCAUCAAGCCAUCUGUCUUGCAAGUUGAACACCACCCAUACUUGCAACAACCAAGAUUGAUCGAAUUCGCUCAAUCCCGUGGUAUUGCUGUCACCGCUUACUCUUCGUUCGGUCCUCAAUCUUUCGUUGAAUUGAACCAAGGUAGAGCUUUGAACACUUCUCCAUUGUUCGAGAACGAAACUAUCAAGGCUAUCGCUGCUAAGCACGGUAAGUCUCCAGCUCAAGUCUUGUUGAGAUGGUCUUCCCAAAGAGGCAUUGCCAUCAUUCCAAAGUCCAACACUGUCCCAAGAUUGUUGGAAAACAAGGACGUCAACAGCUUCGACUUGGACGAACAAGAUUUCGCUGACAUUGCCAAGUUGGACAUCAACUUGAGAUUCAACGACCCAUGGGACUGGGACAAGAUUCCUAUCUUCGUCUAAGAAGGUUGCUUUAUAGAGAGGAAAUAAAACCUAAUAUACAUUGAUUGUACAUUU